AUGAUUAUGAAGCAGAUAAAGGCUGCACAAGAUCGGCAGAAGAGCUACUAUGAUAAGAGGAGGAAGUCUUUAGAGUUCCAGGUUGGUGACCAUGUGUUCUUGAAGGUCUCAUCUAUGACCAAAGUUGGGAGAGCUCUAAAAUCUCGGAAGCUAUCUGCUAAGUUCAUUGGGUUGUUUGAAAUGCUGAGUAGAAUUGGUCCUGCAGCGUACCAAAUAGCACUACCUCCGAAUCUCUCAAAUCUACAUCCAGUGUUUUAUAUGUCACAACUCAGGAAGUAUGUGUCGAAUCCUUCUCACGUGAUCGGCCUUGACCUGGUUCAAGUAAGAGAGGAUUUGUCUUAUGAUGCAUACUUGGUGAGGAUUGCAGACUACCGUGUUAAGCAUUUAAGGGGCAAGGAAAUCUCAUUGGUGAAGGUAAUUUGGAGCUCAAGUGAUGAGGAAGAUGCCAUAGGGAAAUGGAGAGUAGAAUGA